CCCAGCCAAUGGCAACCGCGCUCCCGCGGAAUGGCAGCCAAUCAGUGGGGAGCAGCCGGGGAAGCCGCCGGGCCCAGUUAGGAGCGGCCCGAAGAGAGCGAGGUGCGCGGAGAGCGCGGCUGAGGAGGUUCUGGUAUGAACAGGAUUCGGAUUCACGUCUUGCCAACCAGUCGGGGGAGGAUCACCCCGGUCCCCAGGUCCCAGGAGCCCCUGUCUUGUUCCUUCACUCAUCGUCCGUGUUCGCAGCCUCGACUGGAGGGGCUGGAAUUUUGCAUUAAGCAUAUCCUGGAAGAUAAGAAUGCACCGUUUAAACAGUGUAGUUACAUAUCAACCAAGAAUGGAAAAAGAUGUCCCAGUGCGGCCCCAAAGCCAGAGAAGAAGGAUGGGGUGUCCUUCUGUGCAGAGCAUGCCCGUAGAAAUGCCAUGGCAGUCCAUGCUCAAAUGAAGAAAACCAACCCGGGGCCCAUGGGCGAAGCACUCCUGUGCCAGCUGAGCUCCUAUGCUAAGUCGGAGCUGGGCUCCCAGACUCCAGAAAGUAGCCGCAGCGAAGCCAUCCGUAUCCUGGAGGAAGACAGCUGGAGUGAUGGGGAGCAGGAACCCAUUACUGUGGAUCAGACAUGGAGAGGUGACCCUGACAGUGAAGCUGAUAGCAUAGACAGUGAUCAAGAAGAUCCCCUAAAACACGCUGGUGUCUACACAGCAGAAGAAGUGGCCCUGAUUAUGCGUGAGAAGCUAAUCCGUUUACAAUCUUUAUACAUUGAUCAGUUUAAGCGACUUCAGCAUCUGCUCAAGGAGAAGAAACGCCGUUACCUGCAUAACCGCAAGGUGGAACACGAGGCUCUAGGUGGUAGUCUUCUGACUGGCCCAGAGGGGCUUUUGGCCAAAGAGCGAGAGAAUUUGAAACAGUUGAAAUGUCUCCGGCGCUACCGCCAGCGCUAUGGCGUGGAGGCGCUGCUGCACAGGCAGCUGAAGGAGCGCAGGAUGCUCGCCACAGAAGGAGCUGCUCAGCAGGCUCAUACAACGCGCUCCAGUCAGAGGUGCUUGGCCUUUGUGGAUGACGUUCGUUGUUCCAAUCAGUCCCUUCCAAUGACCAGACACUGCCUUACUCAUAUCUGUCAGGACACGAAUCAGGUACUGUUCAAAUGCUGCCAGGGAUCUGAAGAGGUUCCCUGCACCAAGCCAGUCCCUGUAAGCCUCUCGGAAGAUCCCUGCUGCCCACUGCACCUGCAGUUGCCUCCUCAGAUGUAUAAGCCCGAGCAGGUCCUGUCUGUGCCAGACGGUCUGGAAGCCGGCCCCGUGGAGCUGUACUUGAGUGCUUCCGAGCUUCAGCCCACUGAGAGUUUACCGCUGGAGUUCAGUGAUGACUUGGAUGUUGUGGGGGAUGGCAUGCAGUGCCCCCCAUCACCUUUGCUUUUUGAUCCUUCACUAACCCUUGAAGAUCAUUCAGUCAAAGAAGUUGCUGAAGGCGCAGUGGAUGUUUUGGGCCAGAUACAACCGGCUGGAGAUGGGUGCAGAAACCAGGGACCUCGAAAUGCUGAGAAAGUUCCUGCACAGUUGCCUCAGAGUGCAUUGGCUACUGCGAAUGGGAAACCCGAGCCCUCUGCCCUCAGUUGACAGUUUGCUUUGGAAGGCAUUUGACUUUGGUGGAGUUUAACUUCCCAUUCUUUAUGCAAGUGUCUGUGAGCAUCUCUCACUCAGCAGUGGCAAUCCACACUGCUUUGGUUUUCUUCCGGACUGAGGUAUACAAGCAUAAGUCCACAUUUUAGGAGAACGGAACAGUAUUGUUUUAGAGUUGUAGGAUUCUUCCUGCUCUGGGUAAGGGAGAG